ACAGGAGAUGAACGGGCUGGCUCUCAGGACAGCCUCAAUUUGGCGCAGGCGAGCCAUACGCGGACUCGGGGCCGGCCCGGGCCGUGAGUGGAGGGGAACGGCGGCGAGAGCCUCACUCUGGUCCUGGCUGGGGCAGGGACCCAGGUCCCCCGGGACAGGCUGGAGCAAACCAGGGCCAAGGGGCGCUGCGCCUCAGCGGUCAUCCCUCCUGAACUACGAGUCCCAGCAUGCAUUGGGUUCUCGCGCCACCCGCACGCCGUCAGCCCAGGGUCACGAGGCUGUAACCUCGUUUAAACCUACCAAUGAGGAAGCUCGAUCUGUGACAGUUCUACGUGCGCCUGGCCGCGAGCAAUUCAAAUGUGCUGCCGCUGCGCGCCGCUUCCCUUCUAAGCGAGCAGGGGUCGCCCGCAGCCUCGGGGUGCACUGUGCGGCUGGAGGGCCUGAGCCGGUGCGCAGCGUCGGCGGGGCGGCUCGGGGACACUAUGGAGGAAGGAAAGGAAAUGUCAGUAGGCUUAUCAAGUGAUAUGACUGAAGAAAAACUGGAUGUUUGCAAGAACAGUGACUUUCCCCUUCUAACUGAUGAAAAAUUUGAUUUUGACCUUUCACUGUCUCCUGCAAGUGGAAAUGAAGAUGAAGUUUUCGUUGGACCUCUUGGACACAAAGAAAAAUGUGUUGCUGUCAGUAUUGAAGCAACUAAAGAUGCUGAAGAAAAGAUCCCUCAAACCCCUGAUGAUAAGCUUAUGUGGAGUCCUCUUACUGGAGAGAAAUUUGUAGAAAUUUUUAAAGAAGCUCAUUUGUUAGCACUGCAGCUAGAAAGUGGCAACAAAAAUGAACAGAAUAAAGUCACCCAAUCAGAAGGACCAAAACCCAAAGUUAUAGAAAAAUUUGUGCAAGCAUCCAAGUCAAAACUAAAAAUCUUUCAAAAAGGAAACAUAGAAAAAAGCCCCAGGGCUAUUAAAAGGGAGACGUACUGUGUGUGGGACAGCCCAAUUUGUCAACUGCCUCCUUCCUUUCAGAAGCGUUCAGAUUUAUCUGUGACUGCGGUUGACAAAACUCCUCCAAACACAUCUAGUCCAAUUAAAAUCCAUAAAUUUCCUAAAAUAUCUGUUUCACCUCUAGCCCGAGAACAGCAAAGUGAUGAAAAAAAUAAAAAGGCAAUAAGCAAAUUACAUACAAAGGCUUCAUCUGCUCUUGGAAAAAGCCAUCAACUGACAGUAGAAAAGCCAAAACCAGGGAAAAAACAUUUGACCAGCAUGGGGUCAUCUGAAGAUCUACUUUCUGACAAAUCCAGUGUUGCUUCAGAUGUAUGUGACUCAUCAUUCAGUGGGAGUUCAUCAUUACAAGACAAGCGAGUUCUUCCUUCUCAAAGCAAGUUCGGAUUAAGGAAGACACAGUUAAAACCUCCUAGUGCUGCUAAUGGUCCUGUAAGAAAGAACACCUCAUCUUCAUCGUCGUCGUCCAUUUCGAGCAUGAACUCCAGUUUGAAUUCAAGUUUGUCUGUCUCUCCCAUAGGGGGAAAUGCUAAAUCGAGCAUCUCUUCAAAAAUUUCUGUGAGCAGCUCCAAACUCUCAUCUAGCACAAAGAGACUGGCUAUGGUUAGACCUAUCAGAAUGUCAUCUGUGCAGGCUGUCCAUUCUGAGGUGUCCUGCAAGCAAACAAGAUCAGUUAGUACUCCCAGAAUAUCUACUGCUGGGAAUUUAGCCAAGUCUUCAGUUUCUGUGACAGGAUCCCAAACUCUAGCCAGUGGAAUUCAGAGACUGAGCUCAGUUCCUAAUCUGCAGAAGAUAUCUCAGCAGAACAAAGAUGGAAGUGCAGCAAAAGGAAACACAUGCCCAAAAGACAAGGCUGAAGUUAUACUCACACCUUCAAAUCAGAUUAAGGUCCCUAAGAGAUGUGGAGGUUCAUCACCAGAAAAUACAGCAUCAAAAAUAAAGCAGCCAAUCAGAUUAUUAUCUUGUGGCACAUUUGGAAGCGGUGUGGCUGUUUGCACUCCUGUCAGACCUUCCGAAGAUGGGGCCUUGCAGAACUCUUGUCUUAGUUCCAGGUCCAUUUUAAUUACUCCAGCCAGUAUAAAACGUUCUGCUCUGCCUACCCCCGCCAGUCGUCGUAUCUCAGGAAUUCCAGCAAUGACUCCUAAAACUUUGCCAAGAUCUGUCUCCUCUCCACAUUUUAUGUCUGUUCGUCAAGUUUCCAGUGUGUCCGCCAGAAAGAGUCUUGCAACUGGUUCUAAACAGGCAAAGGACACCAAGACACAAGUGUCAUCAUUUGAAGAUGAUGACUUAUCUCCUCCACCUAUGAUACCUCUUACACUUGUCUUUUCACCAGAAAAGACUACUGAAAUAGCACAGACUGAAAUACAAAAACAGCCAGCUGAAGGAGCACAAACUAAUGAGGUCUUGCUGGUAGAUAUUGGAAUAGAUAAAACUUCCAUUGCUGCUUUGGAAUGUGAAAGCAGACCUCUCAUUGACCUUUCUAAUACUCCGGAAGUGAAUAAAGUUAUUCCAUUAAAACCUAGUGUGGUAGGACAGCUAAUAGAUUUGAGUUCUCCUCUUAUCACUCUGAGUCCUGAAGUGAACAAAGAGAAUCUGGAUUCCCCUCUGCUGAAGUUCUAAACUAAACCUUAGCUCAGCCAAAAAUUCUUGGGACUAGCAUCUGCAAUCUUGAUUUGAUAUAUUAGCUAUCUUAAUAGGACUGUGUGAAGUGAAUAUCAUGCAAUAAAAUCCCUUUAAUGUA